AUGGGGUACGGCGUGGUGUGCACCUGGGGCCUGAGUCAGCUGCGGGAGCAGGAAGUGGUGCAGCUGGCCAAGAAGUGCGCGGAGGAGCCGCUGUCGAUGGAGGAGGUCGAGAUCGACCAGUUCCAAUUCGUGUACAGCGUCCACGACCCCCCCUCCAUGAGUAAUGACAGCAUAACAAUCAACAGGCGGCAGGCUGCAGACCACCAGGUCAAGCUCGCCAUUUGCCACGCGCUGGCGCAGUCGACCAAGUUGUGUGUGUAUGAGGAGCGGGUGAUAGACCUGGUGAUGAGCACAAAGCACCUUCCGCAGCACAUGGCGGAGCACGGCACUGUACGGAUCAGCGCCAAGGAGGUGGCGCAGCUCAUAGGGCAGGUCUUCCUGCAGCGGUCGGCGGUCAACCUGCUCAGCUCAGUGCUGGACACACCAGAGUUCUUCUGGUCAGCGCCAGACGCAAUGCAGGUGCUGUAUGAGAGGGCGUGUGAGUACCUGGAGCUUGAGACCCGGGUGGAGGUGCUCAACGCACGCUUCGAGGUGGGCGGGGCCCAUCACGCCUGA